UGAAAAGAGACGCGGCCGAGAUGCUCACAGAGAGUGUCGGUCGCGCGCGCGCGCGUUCUCGCGCAGUAUCGGCUCGAGACGAUCACUCGCGGGUUUCGUUCGCGUCGUCGCCUCCUUCCUUUUCUCCUUCAUAAUCAUCAUCAGCACCAUCACCAUCAUCAACAUCAGCAUCCUCACGAGGAUGAUCAUUCUGCCUGGAACCAAGCCAAAGAAGUGACUGCGUCAUCGCUCUUGCUGUCUAAACAAGGGCAAACACAUCCAAGACGGCACCUCGUCAUGGGCAGGAACAAAGGCACUGACCCAACUGGCACAUGUCUAACACUCUAUCAACCCGACGCAGUCUAGCUGGAGUAAGACCGUUUUUUGUUUGCUUUUCUUUUGGGAUUUUUUUUUUCUUCUUCUUUCAGUAUCAGCAAAAUGUCAAAUCCAGAGGGACAUCCAGUAUGGCUACCUGCUCGUGUGUCCUGGCUGAACCUGCUUCAGAUCCUCAUCCUGGCUUCAAGUGUUGCAGUAGUCACUUGUCAACAAGUCCAAUACACAACAGCCACGACAAACUACGGGAAGCUUCGUGGCUUUAGAGCACCGUUACCCAGUGAGAUCCUGCGGCCUGUGGAGCAGUACCUGGGUGUACCUUACGCCAUGCCCCCUACAGGAGAAAGACGCUUCCAGGCGCCUGAACCACCCAAUUCCUGGUCUGGCAUCAGGAAUGCCACACAGUUUGCCUCGGUUUGCCCUCAGUUCCUGGAGGACAGGUUCCUUCUGAGUGACAUGUUGCCUGUUUGGUUCACGGCUAAUCUGGACACGGUGGCUACAUAUGUACAAGACCAGAGCGAGGACUGUCUGUAUCUGAACAUUUACGUGCCCACAGAGGAAGACGUAAGUGGUGAUGAUGAGGACGUGCUGAAACCGGUGAUGGUGUACAUUCACGGCGGCUCUUAUGUCGAAGGAACUGCCAACGUGAUCGACGGAAGCGUCCUCGCUAGCUACGGCGAUGUCAUCGUCGUCACCAUCAACUACCGACUGGGAGUUUUAGGGUUCUUGAGCACAGGCGAUCAAGCUGCCAAAGGGAAUUAUGGACUCUUGGACCAGAUUCAGGCUCUCAGAUGGGUGAAAGAGAACAUCCAGGCUUUUAAUGGAGAUCCUCGGAGAGUGACGAUAUUCGGAUCUGGAGCCGGAGCGUCGUGUGUCAGCCUGUUGACUUUGUCCCACUAUUCCGAAGAUCUGUUUCAGAAAGCAAUCAUUCAAAGUGGUACAGCUCUUUCGAGCUGGGCCAUCAACUACCAGCCAGCCAAAUACGCACGAAUGCUGGCCGAGAAGGUGGGGUGCAACGAGGACGACUCCAUGGAAGUGAUCCAGUGCCUCCAGAAUAAGAACUACAAAGAGCUCAUCGAGCAGAACAUAACUCCUGCCAAGUACCACAUCGCUUUUGGACCUGUAAUUGAUGGAGAUGUUGUGCCAGAUGACCCACAGAUCCUGAUGGAGCAAGGCGAGUUUCUGAACUACGACAUCAUGCUCGGGGUAAACCAGGGCGAAGGCUAUAAAUUUGUGGACGGGAUCGUGGACAGCGAGGACGGAGUUGCUGGAAAUGACUUUGAAUUUGCUGUGUCGGAUUUCGUCGAUAAUUUGUACGGCUAUCCGGAGCGGAAAGACACCCUGCGAGAGACGAUCAAGUUCAUGUACACAGAUUGGGCAGAUAAAGAAAACCCUGAAACGAGACGAAAAACACUGGUUGCGCUUUUUACAGAUCACCAGUGGGUGGCGCCUGCCGUGGCCACCGCGGAUCUACACGCUCAAUACGGGUCACCGACGUAUUUCUAUGCCUUCUACCACCACUGCCAGAGUGAGAUGAAGCCGGCAUGGGCAGAUUCUGCGCAUGGAGAUGAACUUCCGUAUGUUUUCGGAAUCCCGAUGAUCGGCCCAACUGAUCUCUUCAGCUGCAACUUCUCUAAAAAUGAUGUCAUGUUGAGUGCUGUGGUUAUGACCUACUGGACGAACUUUGCCAAAACAGGAGACCCGAAUCAACCGGUUCCCCAGGAUACAAAAUUUAUCCACACCAAACCUAAUCGCUUUGAAGAAGUAGCAUGGUCCAAAUACAAUCCUAAAGACCAGCUGUAUCUUCACAUUGGUCUCAAGCCACGUGUCCGAGAUCACUACAGGGCUACAAAGGUUGCUUUCUGGCUCGAGCUCGUGCCCCAUUUGCACAACAUAUAUGAGAUUUUACCGUACGUAUCAUCAACCACCAAAUUCCCUCCUCAGGAUACCACUCCUUUCUCAUACACUAAGCGCUUAUCCAACAAACUUUGGCCGUCCACCACAAGGCAUCCGUCGGUUCCUUCGUCCAACACCAAGCAGUCCACAGACCAGCAGAAAUCGGAACAUGAGGACAGCUCAGUCACUAUAGAAGCUCGAGACUAUUCCACCGAAUUGAGUGUCACCAUCGCGGUCGGAGCAUCUUUGCUCUUCCUGAACAUCCUGGCCUUCGCAGCUCUCUAUUACAAGAAGGACAAGCAUCGCUUCGAGUCCACUCGACGUCCGAGUCCGCCGAGGAACCUCGCUAACGAUGUGCCGAGAGUUCCGAGCGAGGAUCUAAUGUCCUUGCAGAUGAAGCAACUAGAUCACGACCACGAUCACGAUUGUGAGUCAUUGCAAGGUCACGACAUGCUCCGUCUCACCUGUCCUCCAGACUACGCCCUCACUUUACGCCGUUCCCCGGAUGACUUCCCCCUCAUGCCCAACACCAUCACCAUGAUUCCCAACUCUCUCUCCGGGAUUCAGUCGCCGUACCAUCCUUUUAAUCCGUACGCCAACAGCACUCCGAGCAAUACCGGCCUCCCUCAUGGACACUCCACCACCAGAGUAUAACUCAGUGCCAAUGACUGUACUUUACACGCAGCAGAUGAUUAUUUAAGUCAAACAGAGUGCACCUGGGUGUCUGGAGACCAACAUCUAAAGGUGUUAUUUUAUUACUGACUACUCAAUGAACUUUAUCUCAAAUAACCUGUAUAAUGUGAACAAUGAAUGUAAUGAUUUUCACAUUUAUGGCAAAGCCAAGUAAGCAUAGGACUCUACUCUGAUCUCGAGCACUACGGUACGCGAGACGGAAAACACCACGGUUUGCAUCCUGAUCUCUUUCUUUAGAACUGUGGAAUAUUCCGUUUUUUUGGAUUGGUUGCUCUAAUAGAAGCAAUAGUAGCAUAGCCACGGCAGUCAGAGUACUGAGAUCAGUGUUUUAUUUAUCAUCAAAAAUUUACAUUUUGCUGUAAUUAGGCUUGUGCACUUCACCUUUCAGAACAAUGAUACCUGAAGAUGAGGGAAAAGAGGCGGAGCUUUCAGGCAGAUUCGUUUAAUAUCCGAAAGUGAAAAAUCUGAAAUGUAUGUGAAUCAUUUCAUCAGAUAGAUAAGUUCAAUGUCUCCGUGUCUAUUUGUUUGGUUUAAGUAAACUCUUAUAACAGAUGAGUGAGAAGGUUGUCAGGUCCUGGGAAUAUAACAGAAAUGUGAUAUUGUGCAAAGAUGAAUUUGUUGCACAAGCCGAAUUAUAAUGUUAUAAUGUCUCUCCUCAAAAUGUACACAUCUACUGGAUAAAAGUAGGAUCCUCGAAAUCAUUCAUAAUUUAAUCCAUUUUUAAUCCAGAUGAGAUCAGAGUGAGAUCAGAGUGAGAUCAGAGUGCAGUGUAAAUAUCUGUGCUAUGUAUUGAGUGCUCAUACUGUAAAUCCUAUGAGCUUAGCUCCUCAAGCUGAUUGCCUUAAACGGGCAAUAAUCCUGUUUCUCAGUCCAAAUACUGCUUAUUUAAGAGCCUAAAAUAAUGUAUAUAGCUUAGGAUAAAGCACAAACAUGAAGAAAAAUGCUAGUGCUUGUAUUGUCUUUUCACUUCUAAAGACAUCCGCUUCAUGCAGACGCUGUCGAUCUUUCUCCAUUCUGUCCGUCUUUCACACGCUGUCUGUGUUUUCGGUCUCAUUCUCAUGCUGCUUCAGUUACUCUGUGCCUCAAAGGAUUAAUGUCUUCUGUGAUUUUCAAAAACGUCCAAAUAUCAAGAACCUAACUUGUGUGAAUGUCAAACUUUGCCAGUCCUCAGGAAGUGUCAACAGACAUGCUGUCAUUUAUUUACUGCCUAAGGUCGAGUCGCAGGAUUUUAUAUACGUAUCUCCCAGCUGUUUGAAUCCACAUCUGCAUUUUGUAGCUCGUUAAACACUGCAUGAGAGGUUGCACUUAACCCUGAAUGCAGUCAGAGUUCCAGACUUUAGUACUUUACUCUCGACACUUGUUACAUUUACAGAGGCAUCGAUACGUAGAGCUUGAUUUGUCCACCAUUAAUGUCUCCAGGGCAGAGGAACCAUUCAGACAUUUUUAAGAGCAGUGUGUUGAUGUCAUGCAGCGCAGCCCUUUAAAACCCCCGCUCAGAAAAUUCCUAACUGUUAUCAGAUUGAAGCAGUUUCGCAAAAAAAUAAAUUUUAAUUCUUGCUAACAGUUUUUACAAAUGGCCACAGAAAUGUUCAGCUUUCUGUUCCAGGAUGUUCAGGAGAUGUAGCUGAAAAACAUCAGCGGGGUCCAAGCACCAUUCGCAAACAAAUCGCUUUUUGUCAAAUGAAAUCUGAUUGGCUGAUUGGUGGUGACGCUUUUAGAUGUGCAGAUGAUUUCAGAGAUCCAGUCCACCAAAUUUCAUCUCAAUAAGACGUCCAGUUCCUGUGAAACUCACUGAGGCUUAAACCCUCUGACUUUUUGAUUUUGUGAUGAUGCAACAAAAAUCUACUUAUUUUAUUAACUCAAAGUAAAAAUGGGUGGAGCUAAAUCAUACCUGAAACGAAUUCCUACAGUAUAACAUUCAAAAGCUGAAAAAGCAAAACCCAAGAGGUAUAGCGCCACCAUCAGUCCAGCACGGUUCAUCAUGCUAGCCUGAUUAAUAGCAAAAGAAGAGAAAGAACAAUUAAAAAAUCUCAUGCAAUUGAGUUCCAUCAUGUUUGGUGCUUGGACCCCAAAUAAUUGCAGCUGAUUGAUCUUCUGUUUGCUUCACAACCACGUAGAUGCACGUCAGGGGGCGUUCUCCCUUUUUUCACGCUCUUUUGCAGACAUUAUGAAGAAUGAAGAGAAAUUUGCAUUAUUUUAACAGAAUUCUCAUGUCGCUGUUUUUGAGUUGGUUCUCCGUGUCUGGCUUCUGAUGCAUAGAGUUGUUGUUUUUUCCAUAUUUAUAAAGACUAUAUGAUAUAUAUUUAUUCUUCUCCUGUAUUUUUGAGCUGAAUUUGUUUAAUCUGUGGAGAUAAUAUAUAAUAAUAAUGAUUAUUUUAAUCCACUAUAAAUGUCUAUUGUCUUACAGGUAAAUAUUCCACCUGAAGUUCGAGUUUAUCCAUGGGACGUAGUUGAUGUUGUUGUUGUUGUUAUUGUUGUUGUUGUUGUACAUCUGCGUUAUGAGGAACACAUCCAGGCUGUCGGUGCGACCAGUGUGAUGAUAUUAUGGAUCUUUUUUUUACUCGAGUCAAAUCACCAAGAAACAUCAUUUCAGAUCAGAUGAAUUCGUCUUUAAUGUGACUUUAGGUUUCAGAAAUAACAGAAGAAUAAUGACACUACUGACUCGUGUCUCGGCCCAAUUCAGAAGAUCAUCAGAGCUUGUAGAGCAGCAGGAUAAACUCGCAGUUAUUUUUGAAAUGUUUGCUUUUGGCUCGCGGUGUAUGAGACUUUUCUGCUGUCAUUUCUACAAUAAAAAUAUAC